UGCCGAGUGUUGUAAGUUUAUACAAAAUAUUUAGAGUAAAUGAAUACGGUUAUAUAAAUAAUCAUAGAUCAAAGAUUAAAUUAAUGCUCCAGCUGAAUGAGUGAUAUUGCUAAUAAACAAAAUACCAAAAUAGAAAUUCUACUGUGUAAACUGUAUUUCCACUCAGACAAAGUAUGCUAUGGAUCCAGAAAUGGGAUGAAUAGUUUCAAAAAUAAGAUAUAAUACUCUAAAAAUCAGAUUUCCGUGUAAAUUCUGGUUUAUAGAAGAGUGUUUAUUGAUAUAAUUCACAUGAAAAUUCAUUUUAAAAUAAUUUUGGAGAUACACACCAAACAACUAAGACAAAAAUUAAAUUGUGUUUAUAUAUUAAUAUUAAAAAUUUAUAAACUUGUUAUGCAAAUAUAACCUUGACAGAUAAAUAACAAGGACUAGAUGAGAUUUGAAACAUCCUAACAUAACGAACAGUUUUUUUUUAAAUGUAAAAUUAGCAAAACUAAUGUAAAAGGAUUAAAUGUCUAUAAAAUAAUUUCCAAUGUAUACAAGUAAAGAGAAUAGUAAUUUAACUCCGGGUAUAAAAACUAAAAAGCCUGUAACAUUUAUCUUUACUUAUCAAAAACCCUCCGUUAGGGAAGAAUGUCAUCGCCCUACUAGAUUGUAGAUCUUCCCACAAAUAUCUCCUGGUGAAAGAAGAAGCAGCACGAUAAUCAUAGAUUUACAGAAUUGCCUCUUCAUUUCAAAUAUCCGAUAAAGAAAGACAUGAUUAAAAAAUGCUUUCUGCCUUUGAUGCUAAUUUGCAGUUUUGUGCAGUCUUUUCCAAACAGAGACGAAAAAGACACACAGUUUUGGUUUAAAGAGGCUCAAAAUUCAUUGCAAAGAAAUUUAGCAAGAAGAGAAAAUAUCGGGAUAGCUAAAAAUGUCAUCUUUUUCUUGGGAGAUGGAAUGGGCCUGGCUACGAUAACAGCUGCUAGGAUAUACAAAGGACAGAAAAAUAAAAAUUUGGGAGAAGAACAAUUUCUUGCGUUUGAAAAAUUUCCUUAUGUUUCCCUUGUCAAAACGUAUGCUUUAGACAAACAAGUUGCCGAUUCUGCAAACACAGCAACAGCGUAUUUAUGCGGCGUUAAAGCUAAUUUCGGUACAUUGGGUGUUAACGGACGAGUAAAAUUCGAGGAUUGUCAAGCUUCUAAAGAUGUUUCUAAUCAUGUUACAUCCAUUCUUGAAUGGGCACAGAAUGCAGGCAAGUCUACUGGAUUUAUAACAACUACUCGCGUGACUCACGCUUCACCAGCAGCUCUUUAUUCUCAUUCGGCUUCAAGGGAUUGGGAGAGUUUUUCAGAUGAUCCCGAUUGCCCCGAUAUUGCUCUACAGCUGGUAACCUCCAGACCAGGUAAAGACAUACAGGUUAUUUUAGGUGGAGGAAGAAAAACAUUUCUAAAUUCUACCAAAGGACGAGAAGAUGGAAGGAAAGAUGGGAGAGACUUAAUCGAAGAAUGGAUGAAUGACAAAAUUAAUAGAAAAUUAAAAGCUGCUUACGUUUCUAAUUUACGACAAUUCAAUGAUUUUCGAGAACGAUCUGCCGAUUAUCUUCUUGGAUUAUUCAAUGAGGAUCAUUUGAAUUAUGUAACUGAUCUAGAGGAAGGAGAGCCACGUAGAGAACCUACUUUAGAAGAAAUGACUAAAAAAUCGAUAGAAAUUUUAAAAAGAAAUCCAAAAGGCUUUUUUUUAUUUAUAGAAGGUGGUCGAAUAGAUACUGCUCAUCACACAAAUAAUGCUUUAAAAGCUUUAGAAGAAACAUUACAAAUGGAUAAAGCUAUUGAGACAGCUUUGCAUAUGACGUCAGAGGAAGACACCCUGAUGAUCGUCACGGCAGAUCACUCUCAUACAAUGACAAUAAACGGAUAUCCUAAACGUGGCAAUAAUAUCUUAGGCAUCGCGGACGUUUCAGAUUUGGAUAAUUUGACAUACACAACACUUUUAUAUUCGAAUGGACCAGGAUGGAAAGCUAGAGAAAUUAAUCUUACUAGCGAAGAAACAAGUGAUAAAGAGUAUCAACAGAACAGCGCUUUCCUUGCCAGUGCAGAGACUCAUGGAGGAGAAGACGUGACCGUUCACGCAAUAGGCCCCAUGGCUCAUUUAUUUCAAGGUAUACAAGAACAAAGUUACAUACCUCAUGCACUUUCCUACGCUGCCUGCAUAGGUCCUAAUCUACAUUAUUGUCAAUCAUCAGCGUUUAGUUUUAAACCAAAUUAUUUAUUAUUUCCUAGUCUAAUUAUAAUUUUCUAUCAUAACAUUCACUAAAAUUGAUUUUUUUUAAGCCAAAUUAAUUUAAAAGUUUAAUAAGCCUAAUUUAGCUAAAUGUCUUAUGUAAUCGAAUUAAAAUGACUUAAAAUUUCUGUUCAAUAUUCAAUUUUUGACUUAAAUAUAUAAAAAGUUGAUUUAUCUCUUUUUAUAAAUAGAAAAUAAAA